AUGAAGCUUAUUCUGUCUGGUCUCUUUGGCCUCCAAGGCUUGCGUGUCGUAACCGCAAUCACCGAAUGCAGCGUGCAGUCCUUGCAACAAUUCAUUGGAGACUUAGGAGCAGCGACAGUGACGUUUGCACAAGCGCUCCCACAGAACAGCACUUUCGGCGGAGGCCCCGCUGACCUUGAGUUCCCAGUGAAUGACACAGGUCUCCCGGCGCUUUGUGUGGUCAUAGUCAAUGUCAAAUCUUCCCAUACAUCCUCCUAUAACUUUGGCCUUUUCCUGCCACAGCAGUGGAACGCUCGCUUUAUUGCCACCGGCAAUGGUGCAUAUGCCGGCGGGAUCAAUUGGAACGAUAUGGGCACUAAUGCCAGGUAUGGAUUCGCAUCUAUGUCGACCGAUACUGGGCACAUCUCCGGAUCCUUUGAUGCGAGUUGGGCGCUGAACAACCCGGAGGCGCAGCUUGACUGGGGCUAUCGGUCCAUGCACGGCUCAGUCAUCUAUUCCAAGCUGAUUACCAGUGCGUAUUAUGGGACAAACAUCAGCUAUUCGUACUAUUCCGGAUGCUCUACUGGUGGUCGACAAGGAUUCCGAGACAUCGAACUGUAUCCAGAGGACUUUGAUGGAAUUCUAGCUGGAGCCCCUGCGUGGUGGACGACGCAUCUACAGCCAGACAAUGUUCAAGUGGCCCUCUCCAACCUCCCGGUUGACGCUGCGACUCACAUCCCGUCUUCACUUUUCCCCGUGAUCGGAGCUGAAGUCCUUCGACAAUGCGAUCCCCAGGACGGCUUUAUGGAUGGAAUCAUCUCUGACCCUGAGGGAUGCAACUUUGUCCCAGAAAUGCUACUUUGCACUCCUACGUCGAACAAAAGCGCCUGUCUGACAGGUCCACAAUUGGACACCUUAUACCACAUCUACAACGACUGGUGGGAGACAAAUCAGACAUUUGUCUUUCCGCACUACGAAUUGGGAUCCGAGGCUCAGUACGGUUUCCUUCUCAAUACGGACUCUGGGACCCCUACUGAACCCGGAAUUGCAUGGAUUCAAAACUUCCUCUACAACGACACAACCUGGGACUGGCACGAUUUCACCUACCAGGUGAUCCUGGACGCAGACAGAAUAAACCCCGGUCAGGCCAAUGUCGGAUUCGACUUCAGCGGAUUCUACCAGCGUGGCGGCAAGAUCAUCCAGUAUCAUGGUCUAGCAGACGGGCUGAUCCCUACGCCGAGCUCCGAAGUUCUCUACAAGAACAUUUGGAGGACCAUGGGAGCCGCAGGGAUCCCUCUUGAUGGCUGGUAUCGCAUGUUCCUGAUUCCCGGCAUGCAACACUGUCAAGGCACAGCAGUUGAGGCACCCUACUACAUUGCCUCUGCCGGUCAACCCUUUGAGCUGGGCCAAGAUGUCUGGAGUGUUCCUGGGUUCAGCGAUCCACAGCACGAUGCUCUUCUAGCGCUCUUGGAGUGGAGGGAAAAUGGGAUUGCUCCGGAAUUCAUCAUUGGCACCAAGUUCAUCAAUGAGACGGUCACGGAGGGUGUACAAAGGCAGCGACCAAUUUGUAUGUAUCCGAUGCAGGCAAAGUACAAUGGCGAGGGAGAUCCAGAUCUAGCGGAGAGUUGGAAUUGUCAACUUCUAUACUAG